UGAGUCAUUCAAAUUGAGUGAAAACAAACGAAAUGAAUGACCGUUUUCAUUAUCGCCGAAUAGAUAAGCAAGUAAAGUGUGUUUGAGUGCAUUGAGCAACACUUUGAUUGGAACACUUUUGUGUUCUCAAACAAAAAUUAAGUGUUUUUUAACUUUUAACUGACAGAAGAGUUGUUUUAAACUGAACGCUCUAGAACUGAACGUUGUUUUUAUUCUAGAGCGUUCAACUAAAGACAAUCAAACUGAUAAAUUUGUUUACUUCACAAAAUUAUCAAAUAAGUAAUAACGUAUCACAACUUUUUUAUCAUAAACUUAUAAGGAGGGACAUAAUAACACAUACACACUUGUACAUUUGUGCACACAGAAAAACAGUAGUAGGAAAAUAGUUUCAAUGUAUUGCCAAAGUUUACCAAUAGUUGAUAAUAGAUAUUAUUGGUAUUUUCAUAAAAUCGUCACUACAAUAGCGCAGUUGACAUUUGGUCCAUCGCGCCACAACAAGUGUCAACUGUGCUGUUGACGAUUGUAUGAAAAUGUGUGUGUAAAAUAAUUAUCAGUCCAGUUCUCAUCGUACAAUUAUUACAACAUGUCAUGCGAUGAUAGAUAGUUUUAGGUUUCAGUUACGGUCUAUAUAUUGUAUAAGCUCAUUCAUUUAUAUUUUGUUUCAAUGAAUAAAAUUCAGUGCAUGUGGAUUUUUUUAAUUUUGUCACGAUAGCAUCAAUUGAAUAGACUUCAUGCAAAUGACGACAGAGACCAUUAUUUAUUUUUAGACCGUUCAACAAAUAAAAUUUAUCGGAUGCGAAAAUGACUGAUUUUUCAAAAGCAGUUAAACCAAAUGUGCUUACGAAACUACACGGUGUUAUAUUUACGCCAAUGAAUUUGUCGAGUGUGGAUCGAUUGCGCAGAUUCUUUGAUUUGUCGCUAUGGCAGUGGUUUAUCCCGGGUCUUACUUUAAUAAUUGGUUCUUUAACUGCCGUCCUUGGUUUUUAUGCUAAAAAUAUCGAAGACAAUUUCAUACGUUCUGUGAUAAUUUGGUUGAUGAUUUCAAUUACGUUUGCAGCCAGUAUUACUUUCAUUGUAUAUAAAUCAAGAGAUCAGCUUGAUUCAAUCUUAGGCGAAAUCGUCAAAGAAAAGUAUAUUUCGAACGCUUUGGGUGGAGUUUAUUUCGGAACUCAAGUUGUUCGUUGGGUAAUUUCUUUGUAUUUUUACAACGAGAACUCGGAACACUCACAAUUUAGACUGGCAUUGCGAAUUUUACCAUUAUUUUUAAUAUCAUUAUAUUUACUCUUGUAUUGUACUCCUGAUGUCGUUAGAUUAUUCACAUAAAAUUAAAUGAAAAUUACGAAUUUUUUGAAAGGUUGAUCCAAUUUUGAAUAUUUAUUA